ACCUUCUUCGUCUUCCUCCUUUCCCUUCACUCUUUCCUCUCUCUCUCUCUCUCUCACUCUGCGUUUUGCGGCACUCCACCGCUACUCUUCUCCCUCUCCCUCUCUCUCCCGCCUUCAUCACCAACAACAUCUCCGUCUCCUGCAUUAUCCAUUUCUGAAAUAUCUCGCAUUUCGGACGGAUAACGUCUGACCGUGUCGGUCUCCGUGUGCGAGCUUCGGUCUCCCUGCACUGGCAAUUGAGUCGCCGGAGAGUUCAGAUCCGUGGGCCGCCGCACCAGAUCCAGGGCCGUGGAAGUCCUAGACGGCGCCGAUGGAGGAGGCACUGGAGCUCGCGCGGGCCAAGGAUACCAAGGAGCGCAUGGCCGGGGUGGAGCGCCUCCACCAGCUCCUCGAGGCCACCAGGAAGAGCCUCUCCUCCUCCGAGACCACGUCCCUCGUUGACUGCUGCAUGGAUCUUCUCAAGGACAGCAACUUCAGGGUCUCCCAGGGCGCGCUCCAGGCCCUCGCUUCCGCUGCUGUGCUCUCCGGGGACAACCUGAAGCUACACUUCAAUGCGCUUGUCCCCGCCGUGGUUGAGCGGCUCGGUGACGCGAAGCAGCCAGUGAGGGACGCCGCUAGGAGGCUCUUGCUCACUCUCAUGGAGGUUUCUUCUCCAACAAUCAUAGUGGAGAGAGCUGGGUCUUAUGCCUGGUCACACAGAAGUUGGAGAGUUCGUGAAGAGUUUGCCCGAACUGUUACUUCAGCAACUACACUUUUUGCGUCAACGGAGCUGCCCCUUCAGCGUGCUAUUCUUCCUUCUAUCUUGCAAAUGUUGAACGACCCAAAUCAUGCUGUCAGAGAAGCUGCUAUAUUGUGCAUAGAGGAGAUGUAUACCCAAGCUGGGCCUCAAUUUCGUGAUGAACUUCAGCGGCAUUCGCUUCCUCCUACUAUGGUGAGAGAUAUUAAUGCCAGGCUAGAGAGGAUAGAGCCUCAGGUCCGCUCUUCUGAUGGUCUUACUGGAUCUUUUCCUGCUGGAGAAAUGCGGUCUAUGAGUGUCAAUCCAAAGAGGAGCAGUCCAAAGGCGAAGAAUUCUUCAAGAGAAGCAUCCCUUUUUGGAGCUGAGCAUGAUGUAACAGAAAAGCCCAUAGAACCUGUAAAAGUUUAUUCAGAAAAGGAGUUGGUGAGGGAAUUUGAGAAGAUUGCUUCAACACUUGUACCAGAAAAGGAUUGGUCAAUACGCAUUGCUGCUAUGCAGAGGGUUGAGGGCCUUGUUAUUGGAGGUGCUGCAGACUACCCGUCCUUUCGAGGACUCUUGAAGCAACUUGUCGGACCCCUAAGUACACAAUUAUCUGAUCGAAGAUCCACCAUAGUAAAGCAGGCUUGUCACUUAUUGUGCUUUCUGUCUAAGGAGCUCUUGGGAGAUUUUGAGGCGUGUGCAGAGAUGUUCAUUCCUGUUCUUUUCAAGCUAGUUGUGAUCACUGUGCUUGUAAUUGCAGAGUCGGCAGAUAACUGUAUAAAAACGAUGUUGCUAAACUGCAAGGUUGCUCGUGCACUUCCUCGUAUAGCUGAUAGCGCUAAGAAUGACCGCAAUUCAGUACUUCGUGCAAGGUGUUGUGAAUAUGCACUGCUAAUAUUGGAGAAUUGGGCGGAUGCUCCUGAAAUACAACGAUCAGCAGAUAUCUAUGAAGAUCUUAUACGGUGUUGUGUAGCAGACGCAAUGAGCGAGGUGCGCUCAACUGCUCGAAUGUGCUACAGAAUGUUCUCAAAAACAUGGCCAGAGCGUUCACGGCGACUGUUUUUGUCCUUUGAUCCUGCCAUUCAAAGGAUAAUAAAUGAAGAGGAUGGAGGAAUCCACAGAAGACAUGCUUCUCCUUCUAUUCGAGAAAGAAACGGUCAGAUGUCAUCUAAGCUUCAAACAUCCAAUCAUGCAACUGUACCUGGAUACGGGACUUCUGCUAUUGUUGCUAUGGAUAGAAGCUCAAGUUUAACAUCUGGAACAUCUGUCUCUUCUGGACUGCUUCUUUCCCAAGCUAAGACACUGGGCAAAAGUAGUGAGCGAAGUCUUGAAAGUGUGUUGCAUGCAAGCAAGGAGAAAGUCAGUGCCAUUGAAAGCAUGCUUAGAGGACUGGAGAUUUCUGAGAAACAUAACCCUUCAGCUAUCCGGUCAUCUAGCUUAGAUCUUGGGUUUGACACUCCAUCUUCUCGUGAUCCACCAUUCCCACCUGCUGUUCCUGCAACUAAUCAUCUCACAACCUCUUUAAAUGCAGAGUCUACUACCUCAGGUACCACUAAAGCUGGUAGUCGUAAUGGUGGGUUGGUUCUCUCCGAUGUAAUGUCUCAGAUUCAAGCUUCAAAAGAUACCUCUAAGUUAUCGCAUCGUAGUGGUGUGGCGGCCGAGUCUUUCUCGAAGCUUUCAUCAUACUCUGCUAAAAGAGCCGAGAAACAAGAAAGAGGUUCGUUUGAGGAUAACUAUGAUGUCAGAGAGGCGAGAAGAUAUGUGAAUGCACAUGUUGAUAGGCAAUAUCUGGACACACCUCAUAGAGAUGGAAACUUCAAGGAUUUGCAGAGCAGUUAUGUACCCAACUUUCAGAGACCGCUUUUGAGAAAACAUGUGGGUGGCCGUAUGUCUGUGAAUAGGAGAAGUUUUGAUGAUAGCCAGCUCUCAUUAGGGGAUAUGCCGAACUUUGUGGAUGGUCCAGCAUCUCUAAGUGAUGCACUGAGUGAAGGACUCAGUCCGAGUUCUGACUGGUCUGCUAGGGUAGCUGCCUUUAACUAUCUGCAAUCGUUGCUGGAACAAGGACCGAGAGGCAUUCAAGAAGUCAUUCAGAAUUUUGAGAAGGUGAUGAAGUUAUUUUUCCAGCAUUUGGAUGAUCCCCACCAUAAAGUUGCUCAGGCAGCUCUUUCCACCCUUGCUGAUAUCAUCCCUUCAUGCCGAAAGCCCUUUGAGAGUUAUAUGGAACGGAUCCUGCCGCAUGUUUUCUCACGGUUAAUUGACCCAAAGGAGCUUGUAAGGAAACCUUGCUCAACUACGCUGGAGAUUGUGGGCAAGACCUACAGCGUGGAUUCUCUAUUACCUGCUUUGCUUCGGUCUCUAGAUGAGCAAAGAUCGCCCAAGGCAAAAUUGGCUGUGAUUGAGUUUGCUAUUGGUUCCUUAAACAAACAUACUCUUAGCUCUGAAGGCUCUAGUAAUACUGGUAUCUUAAAACUGUGGCUUGCUAAGUUAGCUCCAUUGGCCCAUGAUAAGAAUACGAAGCUCAAAGAAGCAGCUAUUACAUGCAUCAUAUCUGUUUACUCCCACUAUGACCCAACAGCUGUGCUCAAUUUUAUUCUCAGUUUGUCUGUUGAGGAACAAAACACAUUGAGACGAGCGCUUAAACAAUACACUCCUCGUAUUGAAGUGGACCUAAUGAACUAUUUACAGAGCAAGAAAGAUCGGCAGCGUCCUAAGGCUAUGUAUGACCCAUCUGAUGUUGUGGGCACAUCGUCUGAAGAAGGAUAUAUUGGCGCACCCAAGAGAAACAAUUACCUUGGAAGGUAUUCUGCUGGUUCUGUUGACAGUGAUGCUGGCAGAAAGUGGAGUUCUGCUCAGGACUCCUCCCUUGUCACUGGCAGUAGUCAUGGGGCUUCUGGUGAAGUGUAUGACAAUCUAUAUCUAGACUCUUUAAGUUCCAAAACCAGAGAUAUGAGCUACAUGGUGGAACCCACAGGACAGAAAUUGGACCCCCUAACUGGUCGAAUUGAAAGUUUGGAUAGUAGCACGAACUUAGAGAGUUUGUCUACUCCCCGUUUGCACAUAAAUGGUCUCAUCACUCCUGACCAAGUGGCUCCUGGAGGAUUGGAACGACCUGAUGAAGUUGCGGAGACAGACUUCAAUCAAAAUAAAUCAUCUGCUUUGAGGAUCAGCACUACUACCGACGCUGGACCUAGCAUUCCCCAAAUUCUUCACUUGAUUGGUAAUGGCAGUGAUGGUAAUGCCUCUUCCGAUAAACGUGAUGGACUUCAGCAGUUGGUUGAAAUAUCUGUGACAAAUGAUGUCUCUAUCUGGGCAAAGUAUUUCAAUCAAAUUCUGACAAUUGUACUUGAAGUGCUGGAUUAUUCUGACGACUCAAUCCGUGAGCUUGCUCUGUCGUUGAUUGUUGAAAUGCUGAAAAAUCAGAAAGACAUGAUGGAAGACUCUGUUGAGAUUGUUAUUGAGAAGCUGCUUCAUGCUACCAAGGAUGUCAUUCCAAAGGUUUCUAGUGAAGCUGAGCACUGCCUGAGUAUUGUGUUAUCGCACUAUGAUCCAUUCAGAUGUUUAAGUGUGAUUGUUCCAUUACUGGUAACUGAAGAUGAGAAAACUCUUGUUACUUGUAUUAAUUGUUUGACCAAGCUUGUGGGGCGACUCUCACAGGAGGAGCUGAUGACUCAGUUGCCAUCAUUCUUACCCGCAAUUUUUGAAGCUUUCGGGAACCAGAGUGCAGAUGUCCGCAAGACGGUGGUUUUCUGCCUGGUGGACAUAUACAUCAUGCUUGGGAAAGCAUUCCUUCCUUACCUGGAGGGACUCAACAGCACACAGUUACGGCUUGUCACAAUCUACGCGAAUCGAAUCUCACAGGCAAGGACAGGUGCUGCAAUAGACAACAGCCAAUGACCUGAGCCAUCCACAUGCUUGAGCCCAUUAAAAAGCUUUUCAGUAGGUUGGUGUCCCGAUUGGCUUUUCUCAGCUUCGUUCUUUUGUAUAUUGUGUGAAUGGCGUCAUUUUGGCUUCGGGUUUCCUUUCUUCAUGGUCUUACCUCAAUUUCUCUUGUACCAUUGUUUUCUUAAUUGUCAUUGUUGUAUGGGCUGGUUGGUGGUUGGGUGGUUUUGAGGGGUUUGAAGAGAAUUGCUUUUCCUUGUGAGGAGGAAGAAGGCAACUUCCUUUGUGCCCACGCCAGUACAUAUUAUGUCAUAUAUAUAUAUAUGGUAAAAAAGGUUUCUGUUUGUUCUCUGAUAUAAAUAUCAUAUACAUUCUGCUGC